GGUGGUAAACACGGGGCGGGGCCGCGCUGGAGGCGGAGGCUGCGGGCGCCGCGCUCAGGGCCGCCGGGUGCAGCCUCCCGCCGUCCGGCCGCCCGCUGCCCCUUCUCGUCCCCGCGACUUCGCCGGCGGCACCGCGCAGCCCAUGGCCAAGCAGCCCCCCGAGGCGAAGGCGCCCCGCGACCGCCGGGCCGGGCGGCUGCCGCCGGGAGAGGGGCCGGGCCCGGCCGUCCCGUUGCGGCCCGGAGCCCCCGCCGCGUUGCCCGGCGCCGCCCGGCCCGCCUCGCCCGGCAGCCCCGGGCCGUUCGCCAUCCGCUCGCCGCUCUUCUUCUUCGUGCGGAGAUCCCCGCUGCUGCAGCGCUCCUCCAGCGGGUACUUCUCCUUCGAGGCCGAGCGCAGCCCCGCGCCCAUGAGCUGCGAUAAGGCCACGCAGACCCCCAGCCCGCCGUGCCAGGCCGUCAGCCACUACCUGAGCGCCAUGGCUUCCAGGUGGCGAUCUCAUUCUCUUGCAGAAGAAAUACAACCAGAAAUAUGGAUUGCACAGGAGCUGCGGCGCAUCGGGGAUGAAUUCAAUGCCUCCUAUUGUCCAAGAAGGGGUUUCUUGGAUAACCACGCUGGAAACCCCCAGGUGGUCAUUCUGCGCCUCCUGCAUUAUAUCAUCCGCCUCAUCUGGAGGAUGCAGUGACGCCAGCUGUGUGGGCUGCUGGGACUCAAUGGCUUCUUCCAGAAACCAAUGGAGAAGAGCCGAUGCCAGAGCUUGGGAGCUUCCAAGCUGCCCCCCUGGCCUGGGCAUGCGUUGGCCGGAGGAGGGUGGAUUUCCCACAUGGACCUGCCGGGAUGCUCCGAAGCUAGAUUUUUAUCUGAGAGUGGUGUUUACUGUGUUUCUCUCAAAUUUUUUUAAAUUUUUUUUUGUAAUUAUUGUUUUUUAAUUGUCUCAGAGAAAAGUCCUCAGUGAUGAUGUUUGGUCAUCGUUUCUGGAAAUCUGUUGGCUCGUCUUGGAUAGGCCUCAAGACCCUCCAGAUCCAGCUGAUCUGCAGAGCUGCCUUAUUUGUGCUGCAGGCGUUGCAGGGAGCGUCGGAUGCGCCCCGGCUGCUGCGCUGCCACAUCCUCCUGCCCACCAAAGAGGAUGAGGAUGGAAGAAGGGCAGAGGGAUUUUAAUUAGCACUUCUUUUACGUGUAAAUACCUAACGCUACCCCAAAUCCAACUUCGUUUGCGUCAUGCAAAUAGCCUAUUUCCUGCUGACUGGUUUGGUUUUUUUGUUUUUUUCCCCUUUUGUUUUAAAUUCUGAAUUUCAAGACUUAGCUGUCAGAUUCCCAGGGUCCAAAAUAUCACAACCAACCAACCAAACAAAAAACAAUCCACCAGGUUGCCUUUUUAGAAAUUCUUUCUAUAAGACGUGUGAAAAUGCUUAUGUAUUGUAUAAUAUUAUAAUAUAUAAUAUCGGUGACUGAGUAAUUCAGCAAUAAGAUGUCCGUGGAGGCAGGUUAAAACAGUUCCCAAACCACUGCAGUUUUGCACCCAGUGACAGGUCCUGCUGUGCGCCUCCAGGAACUGUUCUAAGGCAUGGUUAGCGUGUUGCUGUUAAACCCAGGAGGGUUUUUGGCACACUGGAUGUUUUGUGGGAUCCUGUUUGGACUGGACCAGAGCGAUGGGAGAUGUCCUCAGUCUGCAGGCAAGGAGCGAAGGGAUGAAGACCUGAAAGUUCCUGUGAUGGGAUCCAGCUGGAUGAGGGGCCGUGCGGCGCUGAAGGAUGCAGACUUGCUUGUGCGUGCUGUUCAGAUGUUACCAACUCAUCAUGGAGCGUGGGGUCUGCACUCUGCUAGCCUUGGACAGGGCUUCUCCUCGUGACACAUCUCCUCCUCCUGCCUGGGAAGACCUCAGCAGGUGUUUGAUGACCCAGGACGAUGCUCUGUCUCUCCUCCCAUCUGGAGACCCUGCCACGUGGCUCGAGAAGGACACUGUGUAUCCCAGUCAACAGAGACCCCGCCAUCAUCUCUGGUUCAUCUCGUAUGGGAGGCUUCUGCACAGCAGGUGCUUUUUGGGGCGUGUCAUUGCUUCGACCGCCUGCAUUUCUAUGCACAAACGUACUCCUCUCACCUUGAAAACUGUCCCCUUCCCUCCAGCUGGUGCGGAGAUGGUCCUAAAAUCACCUUCCAAAUGCUGCAGUUAGUUCUGGUUUCACCAGCACCAUAAGAAGAAGAAGAAGCAAACCCAGCCCUGUGACAGCGGUAUUUCCCACCGCGCUGCCAUAUGCACGUUGGGAAAGACUGUUCUGCGUGCCAUUGUGUGAAGAUCAGUGUUCCUAUGUUAGAAGAGCUGUGUAUAGUCUGACCUCCUUGUGCUGGCUGGGAGGUGAUGACCCAUUGGCGUGGGGCUGUGUGCCCCUGAUUGCACUCGUUGGAAGGAGAGCGGAGCAAUUCUGGCUUUUCUGGUCCUGCGUCCCAUGGAGCACACCAAAGAAUGGUGGCCAGCACCCAGCACUUUACCCUGUCCUCAUGGCUCUGUGCUGUGGAGGAGAAAAAGAAGGGGAAGAACGCAAGGGAUUGGCACCAUCUGGCUUGGGCUGUUCCACAUCCAGCCUUCCCAGCCUGAAGGCAGAGGAAAAUGUAGCUCCAAUAAUAAUAAUAGUAGGCUUCAUCACUGCAGGGUUGUGAGGAUUGUUUAUUUUUGGUUUUCUUUUCUUUUUAAUGUCCCCCAUAAAGAAGAAUGAUGGUUUAAAAUCAGCAGUUCAACUCACUUCAGCAGUGUUUGCCGAUGGAUUUGGGGCGUUUUAAGCCCACGUCACCUGUGCUCUCUGUUCUGCCAAAACGAUUCCAUGAAGUUCAGUGGUUGCAGAGAGCCCCAGUGUGCUGGAUGGUCUCACGCCACACUUCACGCUUCUCAGUUGGUAACUGUAAAUACCUGACUAUUUAUUAGAGUAGGGCACUGUAUUAUUUUCAUCAUCUGAGCCAAAUAUCUGCGUGCAAUGUAUUCUCUUUCCAUUCUCUCAUGUAAGUUUUGUACAGCUUAUAAGUAAUCAAAAAAAAAAAAAAAAAAUCCUGUUCUUUCCUAAACUUUUUUUAGAGUUAAACUUGGUAAAUACUGUAGAUUUCCCCCUCCUCCCCGUUUAUUUCCCCCCCCACCCUCCACCCCUGUGUAAUCAAUGCACUCUACUGUUCCAUCAUGCUGUAACUUGUAGAAAUGAUGUCUAUUUAUUUCCUGCUUAUUUAAAUGCCUGUUGAGGUUCUGUCUGCCCCUCUCUCCUCCUGCCCCAGGUCUGUGGUGUGGAUGGACCACGUGAGUGAUGGACCUUCCAGCUCUGCCCGCUGGAUUCAGCGCAGCCGACGCAGUGCAGAGAUGAUUGGUUUGAAUGGCCUGAGUCCUGCACUCCCAUAGGGAUUUAGGCACCUCUAAGAUAAUUGCAGCAUUAGUGAAAGUCAGGGGAAGUUUGGCUUCUCAACCACAGUUUUGGUCCUCCCUUCUUUAAAACCACAUUGUCUUCCAUCUCAGCCAAGACCCCGGACCAGCUUUUAUCAUCAGGUACAACUGGAGUGCACACUGAUGUCCCAAUUAAUCACUAACUCGUUUCAUAGGACCCAGCAUAUGUAGCAUUUUUAUUGCAAUUUCCCUGGCUUACUUGUGUUUUGCACUGAUGAAUUUUGGACAGGGUAAUUGCCACUUUACUUGUGCAAUACUGCUGUAAAUAAUUGCAGAUCUUGUUUUUGUUUUUUUGUUUUUUGUUUUUUUUUUUAAGAUGCAAUCUUUUAUGUUCUUAAUAUGAGUUUUAUAUGAAUAAAACCUUCAACUGUUUGACUA